AGUAGAUCCUACACUCGCUCACGUGCGCCAUAUCUAAGUCAUUCUCAUCGUUUAAACUUGUACGAUUGUCCCAUUGUUCCAAACGUAUGUCUUCAGACAACGACUACGACAAGCUCACGAAGGAAGAGAGAGAAACUCGCGAUAAGGCCGAUAGGGAACGUGAGGCGGCCGAACAGGCUGCUCUCCCAUACACAUGGAAGCAAGAGUUGGGUGAAGUCGACAUCACUGUUCCUGUCCCAAAAGGGACAAGAGCCAGGGACUUAGUUGUUGUCAUUCAGAAGAAAAAACUUAGCGUUGGUCUCAAGGGUAAGGACAAAAUAAUGGAAGGCGAGCUCUGCAAGGAGAUUAAACUGGAGGACAGUACAUGGACACUCGAGGAUCAGCAGUCCCUUCUUAUCCAUCUGGAAAAGCUGAAUACACAACAGUGGUGGGACAACGUCCUCACCCAUCACCCCAAGAUCGACACCCGCAAGAUCCAGCCAGAAAACAGUAAGCUCAGCGACCUUGAUGGAGAAACCAGGGGCAUGGUCGAAAAGAUGAUGUUUGACAACCAACAGAAGCAAAUGGGAAAACCUACCUCGGACGAGCUGAAGAAGAUGGAGGCAUUGAAAAAGUUCCAAGCCGCCCACCCUGAACUAGACUUCUCGAACGCCAAGAUCUCAUAACCUAGUGUGAUGAGGGGGUCAGGUUUCAUGUUGCCCCCGCCCAUGUAUCUCGAGGAGAUUAUACGUCAUGUGAAUAACACGAGGUACAGGAAUUAUCUUAGGGUUUCUCUCCAAAUCCAAAUCCUACGUCUCCCAACUGUAACCAAUAACUGUCCUCCAAAGCCAAGCAUGCAAGCCUGCACGCUUUCCUGUGCACCAGGAACUAGAACCUUCCACGUCUGCGACUCGGGUGAUUUCCCAAAAGGUUUUGUAAUUGGUUGAUCAUCGUCUUCUCCAUCUUCGUCC